AAGGAAGAAGGAAGGUAGUAAACAAAUUGCUUUUCUAUUUCUUCUUCAUCGACAGAGCAAACCCUAGGCAGAGAGAAAUCUCUGCAACACACGCACGCGCGUUCACCUCAAACACCAAAGCAAACCCUAGAUUGACAGCGAAACCCCAUGGGAACACCAGAGACGUCCCGGGAACCGUGCCCCGAUCGCAUCCUCGACGACAUCGGCGGCGCGUUUGGCAUGGGGGCGGUGGGUGGCUCUGCCUUCCAUUUUCUCAAGGGUCUCUACAACUCUCCCAAGGGCGAUCGCUUCGUCGGCGCCACUCAAGCCGUUCGCCUCAACGCCCCCCGCGUCGGUGGAAGCUUUGCCGUCUGGGGAGGCCUCUUCUCCGCCUUCGACUGCACCAUGGUCUAUGCGCGCCAGAAGGAGGACCCCUGGAACUCCAUCGUUGCCGGGGCCGCUACCGGAGGUUUCCUCUCCAUGCGCCAGGGCUUCGCCGCUUCCGCUCGUUCCGCCGCCUUCGGUGGCGUCCUCCUCGCUCUCAUAGAGGGCGCCGGUAUCAUGCUCAACAAGUUCCUCAGCGCGCAGCAGCCUUUACCCAUCAUGAUAGACGAGCCACCGCCACCGCCACCAUCGACGCAGGAGGCAGCGGCGGCGCCAGGGUGGAUCGGUGGGUGGUUCGGUGGAGGGAAGAAAGACGAGACUUCCACCGGUUCUGGAAGUGAAACGAAGAUUCUUGAGAGUUUUGAUGCACCCCCUGUGCCCAAUUUUGAGUACAAGUAAUUAUCUAGGUUUGGUCUUUAGGGACAUAUGAUUUGAGUUGAGAACUUACUAUUGAUCUUGUUAUUGAACCUCACUUGAUGAUUGUCUAUCAUACAGUGAUUUUAUCACUUGUUUUCCCCUCUCUUUUUUUGUUGUCAGAAUAACAUGUCAUGUAAGUGUAGUGGUAGGGUUUCAUCAUAUUUAUCUAUGUAUUUUUUUAAUCUUGGUUUGAAUAUUUGAAAAUUUACCUGAUAGAGCUACUGGUUUAUGGAUACUGAUUAACUUUGAAUGCAUCCUUUAACUGAAAA